UGUGAGUCAGGCAGCCCAUCGGCAUUUUACAUUUCCCUGGGAAUUCCGUUGUUGAGAAACCCUAGGAGAGUAUCACAAAGCAUGAAAUAAUGGCUAUAAAUUUAGAGAAGCACAAGGAAGCCCUCGUCGCUGCGUGGAAGGAUGUUCUGGACGAGAAAACUGAUACGAAUUGGGCUCUAUUUGGCUAUGAUGGACUCACGAACGAUCUUAAAUACAUAAGCAAAGGUGAUGGAGGCCUAACAGAGUUAAUAGACGACUUUAACAGUGGCAAGAUACAAUAUGCCUUUCUAAAAGUUGAUGUCCCAAAUGGUAGCAUAUCGAAAUAUGUGCUUAUCAACUGGCAGGGUGAAGGUGCUCAAACCGUCCGCAAAGGCACAUGCGCGAAUCACAUAAAGCAUGUCGCGCAGUUGUUUACUGGCUUCCAUCUGACAAUGCACGCUCGGACCGAGGACGAUCUUGACGAGAAGAACAUCAUGGAUCAGUUGGCGAAGACUGGCUCCGCGUUCAACUUCAAGACGAGCAGGUCCGAGGAGUUGCCAAAGAGCGGGCCUGUAGGCACUACUUAUAGGAAGGUUAAUCCAGUUCAGGAAAUCAACUCAAAAGAAAGAGACCAGUUUUGGUUGAAAGAAGAACAAGAAGAGAAGAAAAGAGUGGAAGCUGAAAGGAAGCGAAGGGAGGAGGAGAAGAAGAAGGCAGAAGAAAACCUGAGAAAAAGAGACGAGCUCGAGGCGGCAAAGAGAGCGAACGCUGAACAGCAGAAAACUCCAAGUCCGGAAGGGGGGGUGAGCACAAGCGAAGCCCUGCGACGUCAACGCUCCACUGAGGCGCGGCAACUCAUCGGGGGCUCCACGGCCGCCGCCAGAGCCCUGUUUCAACAGAACCUGGCACAGGGACAGAUUACUAACAGAUCAAACUCCAUACCAGAGAAACCAGUACGCAGUUCGGUUAUAGCGCAAAGGAUAAACACGUUCUCGCAGAACACGUCGCAACCGUCCUCGCCUAGUCACAUCAAAUCGCCCGUUACCCCUACACAAAUCGCUGCCCCCACUACCCCUGACUCUACCCCUAACGAGCCAGCCGGCCAGUCAACACUCUCAGAAGAACAAACGCAACAGCCCAAAACAAGUCCUCUAAAGAAUAUAGAUAAAAUAAAAAUGAGCCUCGAAAGACCCUCGCAGAUACAGUACGACCCGAUCAUAGACCCAGCUGAUUUAAGUCCCAGCACCGAAACCGAACCGACGGCGUUCGCGCCUGUGUACCACGAAAACUAUCGGGAUCUGGACCUAAAGCAAAGCGAGCCAAUGAUAAAACAGAAUAUUCUGGAAAACGAUAUGUUCGACGCUUCGUAUUCGAGCUCGAACGAGAACGACGACGAUGACAGCGAUAAUAAGUUCAGUACGAUCAAACGUUCUCCGUACAGCAAGAACACGGAUGAGAGAGAGCUUAGCAGACAGAAUACUGUCAUCGAAAACGUUAACUUUAAGAAAGAGAACGGCACUACAACACUCGAUGAUGUUUCACCAGAGAGUAUGGAUGAAGAGGGCACGAUAUAUGAGGAUCUGGAUGAUGACCCGGGCCUCACUGCGAGAGCGUUGUACGAUUAUCAAGCCGCGGACGAAUCCGAGAUAACGUUCGACCCGGGCGACAUCAUUACACACAUCGAGCAAAUAGACGCGGGCUGGUGGCAAGGGCUCGGACCUCACGGUGUUUUCGGACUCUUUCCCGCAAACUACGUCGAGCUACUACCGUGCCAUCCGCGCUAAUACACAUCCCUCAUCAUUUCAGCGUUAAAACUGCGUGAUAUUUAUCAUAAGGACGGUAGACAUCGGGUGCAUUCGCUUCGCUAGCUUCGUUUAGCGGCAUUUUGUAACGCAGUGUCAUUCAAUUGCGAAUCAAACUGCGAGUGGCAAGUGUAAGAUUUUCUAGUCACGUUCAUCGAUCGCGUGAAAUUUAACUAAGAUUUGUAUGGAAUCGAAGGAGCGCCAUCUAUUAUAAAACUGGGAAACCUUGUUGUCUAAGCACGGUUAUCCAGUUUUGUAAAUAAGUAAACGUUAGAAAUUUACACGAUUACCAGUCAACAUUGUUUGCGUUGCGCUCGCGCAUUCUUUCGAACUUAUCUAACGAAUGUUCGCAUAAAUAAAGUUGCCGAGUACCGUCCUUUAGUUAAAUGUGCACGGUGACUUAGGGUCUCCCAGUAUCUAACAACGCGGAAUUGGUUAAAACCGGUCUAAUAAAGCUUUAUGUAUGUAUAUUAACGGUAAGGUAUAAGACGAGUCAGGCGCGCGACUUUGUUUUCACUAUAACUAAAAUAAUCUUACAUAAAGCUUUGUCAAAUGGGCUCUUAAGCCGAUAGAGAUCACAGAGACUUAGCAGCAUUCUUAGCCGCUAAGUCUUAACUUUCCAUCUACUAACAUAAAAUUAAACACUAAAGUACACCCGCAAUAAUUAAGAAAUACCCUAUGUCGAGUGCGCGUAUCAAUCACAGUUUUAGUCAUGCACCGUAGCGAAAAACAUAGGUACUUAAUUCAUUAUUUUUGUUUGAAAACUGCUAUUAAAUUAUUUAAUUUUUUAUUAGUAGUAAAUUAAAGAAGUUUCCGAUGUAAGGACAUAAAAAGUCACCGAGUAUAAAUAGUUGAACUCGCGGGAAAUUUUCAUCGGCUAGGUCGGAUGAAACGUGAACAAGUUCAUGAAUAGGGACGCUGUAUUGGUUUCAAAUUCGUCGAUCAUACUAGAACAACUAGUUGAACCAGGCGAGAUAUGUUGUAUGCACGUUAUGACUGCAGAGAACCAAGUUGAUGGCGUAAAACGAACUUUGAAAUUAUUGCUCAUACAAAGUGGAGUCGAGAUGUUCCAAAACUAUUGGAAAAGUCUUAAAUGAUAAAUGACAGUCAUUUAAAGCACACUGAAUGUUUUACGGUCGGUUUCAAAGUAGUUCAAAAUGUUAAAGUUAUCGAUGAAUGUGUGACCUUGAAAAUAAUUUCAGAAAUACAUUUCAAAAGCCAUCAGCCAUUAAAUCAUAAAUAGAGGAAAUUAGAACGCCAUUGUUGGUGUGGUAUGAGUCAAAAUGUGACCUUGAAAGUAGUUCAAGUUCACUUUAGGAUAACAAAUACGAUUUGAAAAUGAUAUUUGUCGUUGCAUUUUAUUAAAUCUUGAAAAUGAUAUUAGAACUUGAGUAUUUAUUGGCUUUUUUUUUUAAUGCAGCUUCGAUCAAUAACAUACUAGAUAUAACAUAUAGGUUUUCCGCGCUGUCCAUUGGUAACCUAUAUUCGUUGCGAGAUGGUGAUGGAUUUGCCAAAAAUCAAUGCUGCUUUGGGGAACUGCUGGCUUAAUGUUUGGACACUUCCUUUUAGAUUUUAUAUGGAAUAUCUAGUAAAUUUUACAUCGAAGGAAUGCUAAGAUAUUAAUUAUAUGAACUAACACAAUUUUUGAUCUCUGCUUUUCGCUUAGUACAUUAUUCAUUCCUGGGGUAGGUACUAAUUAUUUUGAAUUGAAAUAUUAAAUGUACCGAACAGUUCUUGUUCUUAAUAACAUAUUAUGUAGUAUGUGAAAAGUUGCUUUUCUGUUAUGCGAAAUAUAGUUACUCUAUAUGCAUUUAUAUUGCUUAUUAACUUUUACACUUUAAUUUAUU